UUGAAUGUGUUCAUGAGGAAUACCUCUCAUGUGUAUAUAAGGAGACGUUUAGACCUCAUUUAGAACACAUCAGCUCUGAAAUCUUCAAGCUCUCCAAAACAUCUCCUGAUUCCUUCUGUGAUUGACAAGAAACGUCUAGAAGAAUGAGAAGCCUGAUGUUUCUGCUGGUUCUGGUGCUCUUCUGCUGUGUACAAGAGACUUCAUGUGCUCCAAUUUCAAUAAAUUCAGCAAAAUCAGUCUGCUGUAAAGGGAUCACUCAUAUAAAUAUUCCUCUGAAGCAGAUAAUGUCUUACCAGUGGACCACCAGUACAUGUCCUAUAAAAGCCAUUGUGUUUAAGACAAUUGCAGGCAGAGAGAUCUGUGUAGAUCCUCAGAACACCUUGGUGAACGAACAAGUUGCUAAACUGGACAAAAGAAGAUCAUCUACUACAGCAUUAUCUCCUGAAUCCACAUCUACAAUUGCAGAAACUCCAGCAGCCACAUCUGCUACAGCAUCUUCUUCUGAAUUCACAUCUGCAACAUCCUCUCAAGCAUCCACAUCUGCUACAGCAUCUUCUUCUGAAUUCACAUCUGCAACAUCCUCUCAAGCAUCCACAUCUGCUACAGCAUCUUCUUCUGAAUUCACAUCUGCAACAUCCUCUCAAGCAUCCACAUCUGCUACAGCAUCUUCUUCUGAAUUCACAUCUGCAACAUCCUCUCAAGCAUCCACAUCUGCUACAGCAUCUUCUUCUGAAUUCACAUCUGCAACAUCCUCUCAAGCAUCCACAUCUGCUACAGCAUUGUCUCAUGAAUCCACAUCUGCAAUAUCAUCUCCUGAAUCCACUUCUGUUUCAAAAUCAUCUCCUGAAUCCACAUCUCCAAAAUCACCUCCAGCAUCCACAUCUGCUACAGCAUUAUCUCCUGAAUACACAUCUGCGUCAACAGUAACCUUUACUACAGAGUCUCACAGCACCUCAGAUCAAUCUGCAGUUAUUUGAAAACAUUAAUUUUUAUAUUGCAUAUUCACUCUAUUUCUAAUGUAUAUUUGAACGUCUAAUAUUUUAAAAAUUUGUUAACGCUAAAUGGAAUUUUGUUCAUCUGUUUUAAUAAAACACAAGCAAGCAUCA